AAAUUACCCAAUAACCAAAUGGUCCACGGUGACCAAGACUGAACAGAAUUGUCGGCUUGAGCUGGCUGCCAGAGCAGAAACCACAACUCCCUUGAUGUAAUAAUUAACGUUCACAGGAAAUUUGCUAAGACUUGAAACUGAAAUCGGUCACGCCCUCAGCAUUUCAGGAAAAACCAGGAAGUUAUUUAGCUGUUUUUUUUUACAGAGUGCAGUAUUGUAUCCAUCGCACUACUGUAACUGUCCUGCCCACCAUGUCUCUGGGUUGCCAGACGGGGAGUGCGCUCAGUUCUAAUGUCAGUGCAGCCGUGGCUCUGCAAGAGCUGCUCAGAACCAACCUGGGGCCCAAAGGCACCAUGAAGAUGCUGGUGUCGGGAGCGGGGGACAUCAGAGUGACCAAGGAGGGGCGCGUCCUGCUCAGAGAAGUGCAGCUGCAGCACCCGGCCGCCAGCCUGAUCGCCAAGGCUGUGACCACCCUGGGAGACGAGGUGGGUGACGGCACCAUCUCGGCCGUGCUGAUCAUCGCUGAGAUCCUGAGGCAGGCUGAACGCUAUGCCUCCUGCGAGGGAGCCCACCCCCGGCUCCUGGUUCAGGGUCUGGACGUGGCCAAGAUGCAAGCCCUGAACUGCCUGGAUGAGCUGUGGGAGGACGACGACGGCUUCAUCAGGAAGAAGGUCGCCAGGACCUCACUGGGCACCAAGGUGGGUCCUCCCGGGUUGGCCGACCAUCUAGCAGAUGUGGUGGUGUUGGCGGUGGAGGCCAUCAAGCCAGACAGGUGGGGCCCCAUUGACCUGAACCUGGUGGAGAUAGUGGAGAUGCAGCACUUGAUGGCCUGGGACACGGAAUUGGUGUUGGGGCUGGUCCUCGAUCAUGGCUCUCGACACCCCGGCAUGAAGAAGAGGGUGGAGGACGCUUACAUCCUGACCCUCAAUGUCUCCCUGGAAUACGAGACCCCGGAGGUAUCAUCGACUCUGUUCUACAAGGAUGCCUGCGGCAGAGAAACUUUGGCCAGGGCAGAGCGUGGAUUCAUUGAGGAGCGGGUCAGGAAGAUUGUGGCGCUGAAGGAGAAGGUAUGCGAUGGCUCCGCCAAGGGAUUUGUGGUGAUCAACCAAAAGGGCAUCGACUGGUUGUCACUAGAGGAGCUGGCCAGGAGCGGCAUCGUGGCACUGAGACGAGCCAAACGGAGGAACAUGCAACGGGUGCCCCUGGCGUGCGGAGGAACGGCAGUCAACUCGCUGGAGGAUCUGACUGAGGAGUGCUUGGGCCGGGCCGGGCUGGUCCGUCAGGAGAGACUGGGAGAUCGCACAUACACCUUCGUUGAGAAUUGCAAGAACCCGCGCUCGGUCACCGUACUGGUCAAGGGACCCAACGCACACACGCUCAGGCAGGUCGGGGAUGCCGUGCGCGGCGGCUUGCGGGUUGUGAAGAACGUAUUAGAGGAUGGGUGUGCGAUGCCUGGGGCCGGAGCAGUGGAGAUCAGGAUUGCAGGUUGGUUACAGCACCGACUCAAGGAUGUAGUCAAGGGUCGGGCACAGCUCGGGUUUCAAGCCUUCAUCGACGCCAUGCUGAUCAUUCCAAAAACACUGGCCCGCAAUGCUGGCUAUGACCCCCAGGAGAUUGUACUGAAGGCACUGGAGGCAGAGAGACUCACAACCCUGCCUGUUGGUAUUGACUUAUCCACAGGCCAGUUAAUCAAAGACUGGGAUACUCCAGUGUGGGAUAAUGCUUGUGUCAAGCGACAGUUAAUAGAAACUUGCACGGAAGUGGCCAGGAACAUCCUCCUGGUAGACAAGAUUGUAGCAACUACCACAAAUUCAGAUAAAAACUAAAAUGAGCAGAGGGAAAAUGGAACUGAAUGCUACUCUGAUGUUGCCGAAUGUUCUUGGUAAAUGGGAAAAAGUUGGCCAAAGUUGGGGUUCCUGUUAAUUUGUGCUUCUUUAUUAAAAACUUUCUUUACGACAGAAA